AUGUCAACGUCAACUGAAAGCCCUGAUACACCUACAACUUCUCAACCUCUUCUACCCAAACAGACGUCAUUCGUCGUAAAUGAUCUUGAAGAACGGAUAAGAGAAAGUGCACGAAUUGGGAGCCCAAAAAGAGCUCCUAGUCUACCGGAUCCUCGAAUUCUGUCGGAUCUCGAAACGCAUACGAAGGAAAUUGUGGGAAACAUCGAUACAAUGCUUCGAGACAUGCGUGGAUCUCUUCACGGAAUGUCCGAUUUAACACUAGAAUCUCUACAAUGCUACAAUUCUGGAGUGGAAAAGGCAUGCGAUGCUGCCGAUUCGAAUGUGAAGUCGACGUACGCGAUGCUGGCAAAAGUGGAAGAAGUUAACCAAUCGAUGGGAAAUGUGCAGAAGUUGGCUGGUCAGAUAAAGGAAAUGCGACGACUCGUGGAACUAUUCGAAACACUCUUCCAUGGAAGUCUGAAAGUUGACUUCGCGUUGAUUUCAAAACGGUGUCGUUAUGUUGUAAAGUCUGCAGUUCCUCGAGACUAUUUCAAAAUUUAUGUCUGGUUUUCCAAAUCAUCCAGCAUAUUUCUGCGAAAAGAUAAAUGUGAUUACGAUUUGAUGAGACCGCCUUUGUAUGGAAUUGACACUAAGCCAGAUCCAACUAUUAGACUUCGAAUGCGUUUUAUCGGAAACGAGUUGUCCUCAGCAAACUGGACAAAGAAAUGGGUUGAUAAUAUAUCAUUUCUUUUUAACUGCAAAGUUCAUUCCCUUCAAAUCGAAUAUAGCGAAUGUAGCAAAUCAUUCUUGUCUAUUGUCGAAUGGUUACAAAACAAACAGAAGUCAAUCGAGAUGUUCUCUGUGAAAGGACCCGAGGUUGCCAGUCAAAAUCUUUCACUCAUAUUUGAACGACUCGAAAUCAAACAUAUGUUGUCUUUGAAUUUGAAUCAUAAAGCUGAAGUCAGACCGAAUCUUAUCAAAUUCAACAUGGAUAUCGUCGAACUGUAUGGAUCUCCUCUUUCAAUGAUGUGGAUCACUUUAGAGAGCAUUUUGUCAUCUAACUGCGUCUUUUUCAAUCUGGACAAUUCGAAUUUAACAGAUUUGGAUUUGAAUCGGUUUAUGAAAGAAUGGGUGAGGGGGUCGAAUCCUAGAUUAAAGUUGUUGCGGUUGAAAAUCAAAAAAGUAAAUCUGGAAACUUUACUGGAUGGAUUGGAGAUGGAGGAACCAGAUGGUACUGUGGACCGAGUUAUUAAUCUUCCGGAUAUCUUAUUGCGCCCGAUUGAUAUGACGAGUGGAACUGACAUCAACACUUUGGACGGAAGAUUGGGGACGUUCAAGUUAGAAGAUGAUGAAUUCUCUGAUGAAUUACAACUUUUCACAAUGGUUUUUGGAGUUGAAAAAUACUAA